AUGGGUGGAUCAGUCUUGUUGUCAUUAGUUCUAUUUCUUGGUUACUUAUGCACUGCAACCAGUACCGUCUCAACUCCAGGUUGCGUCAAGUUUGAGAGAUUGGCUCUUCUCAAGUUGAAACAAAGCCUAAAAGAUCCAAUGGAUGAGCUUGCUUCAUGGAAGGGCAUCAACUGUUGCAGUUGGGGAGGAGUAGGCUGCCACAAUCGCAGUGGCCAUGUUAUCAGGCUCAAGCUCGACAGCAUGUCCUUGGGAGGUGAGAUCAAUCCAUCUUUACUAGAAUUAAAGCAUUUGAGGUCUCUGGAUCUCAGCAUGAAUGAUUUCAAUGGAACUAACAUCCCAGAAUUCAUUGGUUUACUCACAAAACUAAAGAAUCUUAAUCUUUCGAAUGCGAGUUUUGGCGGUCCGAUUCCUCAUCAGCUUGGAAACCUCUCUAGGCUUCGCUACCUUGAUCUUGGCUUGAACGACAUUGUUCCCACUCGUGGGCUCCAGGAUGAUGAUCUUAGAUGGGUUUCCAAUCUUUCUUCUUUGCAAUAUCUCGACAUGAGCAUGGUAAACCUCACAAAAGCCGGUAAUUGGUUUUAUGCAAUCAACAAGAUUCCUUCUCUCUUGAAUUGCACGUUACCCAAAUGGUUGCAAAACAUGACCAACCUCAACCUGCUUGACUUCAGUGCGCAGAAUUACCUUUAUGGUCCAAUUCCCCAUGCUUUCGGGAGCAUGACUUCUCUCUCUGUCCUUAACCUCAACCUGAAUCAACUUGAUGGUGAGAUACCACGGACCAUGGGCAAUCUCUGCAGCUUGGAGGCUUUGGAUCUAUCGUCGAACAACAUUACUGGACAGAUGACCCAACUAGUGGAAGGGUUGUCUCAAUGCUUUUCCAAUUCAUCACCCAAAAUUGGUUCACUUAGUCUUGCCCACAACUCGCUCUCCGGUCCCAUUCCUCGGUCCAUAGAGAAGCUAUCAUCUUUGGAAUAUCUGUAUCUUCAGUCCAACAAAUUAAUUGGGACUGUUCCAGAGGGCAUCGGGCGUCUCUCGAAGCUUAUUGUUUUAGAUGUAUCCUCAAAUUCCUUGACCGGUGUUGUUUCUGAAGCUCAUUUCGCCAACCUGAGCGUACUGGAAGAACUGUACAUGUCUUUGAACAACUUGUCACUCAAGACACAGAAGGGCUUCUCAAAACUAGAUUUAUCUAAUGCUGGUAUAUCAGAUGCAGUGCCACACUCGUUUUGGAGCUUGACCACGGAGAUCAUGUACUUGAAUCUCUCUCACAACAAAAUCAAGGGAAGCCUACCAUGGUCCUUGGAAAGUAUAAGCAUUUCUCUUGUGGAUUUGAGUUCAAACUGCUUCGAAGGUCCUCUGCCUCGUUUUGGUCCUGAUACACUAGUAUUGCUUCUUGACGACAACUCAUUUAAGGGGCCCCUUCCCGCAGACAUUGGAGUAGCAAUGCCUAUUGUUGG